CGUACCACAACUAUCAUAGCUUGCUACAAGAAGCGAUUUUUAUAUACGGUUAUUUUCAUGAUGCGUGUAUGAUGAUAGAUGACUUUGACGACUUCACCUAUGUUGAUUCCGACAACGUUUAUUCCAGGUUAACAACCCAAUCUGUGAACAAGACUUCGAGUUCUUACACUCUAAACACCACCACUACUCCUCGUUUUUUUCUCUCGAGAAAUCAACAACUCCGACUUUUCUGUCUUCUGACAACAACCACUACUGCUCCUCGUUUUUUUCUCUCGAGAAAUCAACAACUCCGACUUUUCUGUCUUCUGACAACAAAAGUUUUCAACAUCAACUGCGCUCAACAAGUUAAAGCAUCUGCUUAAGCUUGUUGCAAAACCAAGAACUUUUUCGUUCCCCCUACAACCAGUUCUAAAACCACUGUUCGCGUUCUCGCAAACACACAACCCCAUCAAAAUGGUUCUCACUGCCCAGAAGCUUCGCAUCGCGGCUUUGGCCGCCGUUGCGCUCGAAGACCAGCGGACCCUGCACGCCUGGGCCGCGGCUUUGACGCGUGGCCGUCAAACGACCUCUCUCCGCCACGGCCGUGGGUCGCUGUUGCGUGAGUCCCGCGCCCGUCGCGAGCAGCUGGCCUCCGAAUUCAUCCUGGUCAAAAAGCACACGAAGGCGCUAGAGGCGGGCGCUCUGACUGACCUGAAGACCGCGGUUGCGGCCGCUAUGGAUACACGCGAUCAGACGGAUGACGCUAAUGCGACGGAUGACGAGAAAACCACUGCCGAUGCUGAUCUGCUCGCUGCUGUGACAACUGCAGUUGACGCCGCGUACCAGGCUGCGAUCGACGCUAAGCAGAUCACGGAGGCCGUCCCCGCCGAAGUGACACAACACAUCACCGACAUUAUUACUGCCCGGGUUGCUGGCGAGGCCGGCGGCGGCGCGGCAGUCACCGCUGCCAUCGACGCGCUGUCCGCUUCGAUUCCGGAUGUUGUUGCACAACCCACGACGCUGGCCGAACAGUAUCCAGGGGAAAAGUGCACCAGAUGGUAGUUUUCACAAGUACUUAAGUGUUCAUCCUGGCUGUGGAGGUGUUGCUGGAUACGACUAGCACUAUGUAAAAUUGUGAAUUUCAAUAUAGAAUUAUCGGUGCAAGGCGCACCCGCACGCGCAGGUCAGGACCAGGAGCUCGACGUGUACGCAGUUUGUCACCUGCUAUGUAGUUCUGCUAUAUGGCCACUGACGCUAUUGAUUUACAUGUUCAGCAUGUCGCGCUUUUACUUUUUUAUAGAUACUGUAUCAGGAUGCAUGAGCAUGUUGCAAUCUUCUGUCCAGCACUACUUACAGGAGACAGAGACAGUGACACAGACAGACGACAGUGGCUACUCUUGUCAGCAACCGGUGCAAAAAAUAAAAAACUAAAGUCUCUGCUUUCGCAUUUUCCGGAUUUCAUACUUGAAAAAAGGAUUUAUACAUUUAGAUAUGUUCUUGGAAGUGGAACUAGAGCAUCGGUGCACUUUUGCUCUGGACAGCCCUGCUGACACUCUCGCGACCACGAUUGUGGAUGCCGGCACCGACGAUACGGCGGGUGCGGUCACCGCCGCGGUGGGAACGGCCUUAGACUCCCUCGUCGACAAGGAAAUCGAUGGCACUACAAUCACCCAAGAAAUGGUCGACGCCGCCAAGGCUGACGUCGUUACCGCAGCGACCACCGCUAAUGCAGACGCAGGCGCUAUUUCAACGGCGAUCCAAACUGCCGUCCAAACGGCCAUUGACGAUGCUGCAACUGCGGCACCAACUUUUACGCCGACGGCGGACCCUACCAGCACGGCUUUGGUGAAGGACUUUGUCACCGGCAAUACCGAAACUGAACUUGAUGACAUCAAGACCGCACUGGGAUCGGUUCUGUCUGUAUCAUAAGGAAGAAUUCCCUCACUCCGUAGUUGUACUCGAAGUACAGAUCAUCUUAGGUGCAGCACCAGCACAUGAUGCUGCGUGAUGUGGUACGCAAUUGCAAUGAGGCAGGGUUCUUCAUUCAUUUCGUAUACGAUGCAUAAACUAUUUCGCUUGCCUGUUUAUCGUUUUUUAGUUAGAGCCACGGGCGCAGCAUGUCUGUGUAAUAGGCGGGACUAGAAGAGUCGAGCUGCUAUUAGCAAUCUGGGACGUCGAGACGUCUCUUUUACAUUAACUAUAGCCGCAAGUAAUUAUGACGAAGACAAAGACUAGAGAAAAAGAAAUGAUCGCAAUCGCUGUUUUUCUUUUUGUUUUUACAAAGUAAGACGAAGCGCCCGCCGCGCUCGUUUCCAUUCAUGCCGGACAGCAACCUCAGUCCUGCCCAUCAAAACGCACAACUCGUGAUGUAGUAGGUUAGAUCGCGCAACAAGAACAUCUAUACAUAGUUCAUGGUUCUCGCAACGGUCUGCUUCGAGUAAAUGCGGGGGGGGGGAGAGUUUUGCUAGUGACAGACCACGGCUGGCGUCCCCGCUGAGGCGGAAGGCUUGGACGACAAGAUCACUACUCUCGCGGAUUUGGUUAAAGCGGGUACCACCGUAUGCAUCACAAAUGAUAUGUCUGGGUCUGGAGCAGUAGUUUUGCCAUAAGGUGAAGAUGUGAGUAAAGCUGGAUCAUAGGAGGACAGUAGAAAAAGCUGUGUUGCGGAUCAACAAGAAGAGCAAACACUUACAGUUGCACACCUUGUAUGCUGUUCUCUUGGUGGUACGUACCUGUACGCAGUGAGCGAUUUUGUAGUUUUUGAAAAGCGUACACCUACUUACUGUAAACUUGUAAUGCUCUUGUGCGAAUUUCAAUUUUCGCACAAACCUUUACCUAAAAAACGCAUCACAAACAAGCGCACGUUUCCAGCUCUAGACAUAUUUGCAGUUGAUACGCGGAGGGCGACGCCUAUGAGGAGGCGGUCGACGCCCUGGCGCUGCUUGUGGACGCGGCUAAAAAAGCGGCGGCGGAUGCUAUCCUCAGUAAAAACGUGCAUUCCAGCACUCCAUGAUAUUGAUUUGUCAUGCAAAUGACCUGCAUGUUGAUAUGAUGUUCCACAUGUGCAUGUCGAUUUUUCUACUCAUGCGCAGUCCCAUGAGGCAUGCUUUCCAAUGUUGCAGCUGUGGAAUUCGACAAUGCAGGAGCUGUGCCCUAAUCAGGAUCGAUAAGAGGGGCAACGCCAAUCUAUAUCUGUGGCGCGGCUUUUAAUAUAGCCACGCACGACCACUUCUUCGCCUGCGUUGUCGAAAUGUGAAGAUGUCAUGCGGAAAUCACAAAGCUUUUGGAUUUGUCUAGCAGAUUCCCCAUCUUGUUAGCUCUGGUGGGGUGCGGACGUUUUUACACAGGAUAGUGGCGUCGACCACGGACGCCCCGGUAAACGGCAGCGACGUUAACGCCACUAUGCAUUGCAAAUAUGUCUUGUCCUGGGUCUGAAACUGAAUUAUUAGCAUGAAUGCAAAUGUUCGGUCUGCAGGUUUCGCUUUAUUCGCAUCACCUUUCCAGAGGGCCGCUCCUCGGAAUCAAUGCGGGUUGUUCUAGCAUCACAAAUUCUAUUGUUCAGAAGGUCUUUCCUCUUUGAUCUUGAUGCCUAGCUGUAUCCUGCAUGACCAAUGUUGCCUCCUCGGGUGACGAAGAGUGGGCGCUUGUUUUGCUGUGUCCACGACAAAAAUGUACAGGUUUAUUCUACUAUGAUGUGGUCCACCACCACCACGACCAGACCUAGCAUCACAAAGAACUUGCCAUCAAAGUCUUUCAGAUGAGGACCCAGACACCUAUUUGCAGUGGAUAGUCACCACCACAGCUGCACCAGCGGCCGAAGCACCUUCCUGCUAA